UCACCCUCUCUCGCACUCGCAGGUGUGUGGAACGUGACCAAGACAGACUUGACUAGGGCCAGAGUAGGAGUAGCAAUGGCAGCACUGUCGUGGUUCCGGCGUGGGAGCAAGUUGCCUGCGGUGAAGGACGUAGUCAAGGCAUGGGGAGAGUACAUGGAGGUCCGUGGGAGUGGGGCUGGUGAGGCGACGGAAGAAGACGAGGAAGGUCCCGAGGCUGUGCUGGAGAAGGUCCUCAAUGGUCUCCGUGCUCUGGCUUGUGGCGGUAUUGAAGACUUGGUCCCUUCGGACGAGGUCGCUCUGGAAAUGGCUGAGGAGGUGGUCAAGCACGACAUGAUGGUGGCCAUCAUGCGCGACCUGCCCGAGGUCUCCAUCGAGAACAAAAGAGAUUCACCUUUGUCUUCAACAACAUGCUCUCGUCGGCGCUUGUCGGUCCGCUCAUGCAAUCGUACAUCAACGCGCUCUCCAAGGACGACAAGAACGAGCUGCUGGACCUCGCUGUGACUGGCUACGGCCACUCGCCGCAGAUGGCCGUUCUCUCCGGCUCGAUGCUCCGCACCGCCAUCACCACCCGCGAGUUUGCCGCCUACCUCCUCAACAACGCGCUCAACGACAUCUUUGCCCACCUCCAGUCGCGCAACUUUGAGGUCUCGUCCGACGCGUGGGCCACGUUUAAGAUGAUGCUCACCCAGCACAAGGAGCUGACGGACGAGUACCUUAACGUCCACUACGACGAGUUUUUCCCGGCCUUUAUGACGCUGCUCAACCCAGACGGCGAUGGGUACACCGCGUGCCGUGAGGCGCUCUCGCUCCUCGCCGACCUCAUCUGCUACUCGGGCCCGGCCGAGUACCGCGUCCGCUUUAUUUCCGAAGCCAAGCACCUCAUUUGCAUGCUCAACCUCCUCAACCACGAGUCGCGCAUCAUCAAGCUCCUCACCUUCCACGUCUUCAAGGUCUUUGUCGCCGCCCCGGCCAAGUCGCGCCAGGUCCACAAGGUCCUCGUCCGCAACCGCGACGAGCUGCUCAAGUUCUUUGAGAACUUUUUCCCGGACUCGGACUCGGCCGAGUUCACCAAGGACAAGGCGUACGUCAUCGAGCAGAUCGCGUCAGUCGACAACGACGCCGGCAUGCUCUCCACCUCGGACCCAUCGGUCAACACCGCCGCCGCCGCCGCUGCCGCUGGCCGCCGGACGCCGCCCCGCGACGCCGGUUCAGGCGGCGACGACGCCGGCGCAGGCUCGGCUUCGGCCUCGGCCUCGACCUCGGCCUCGGCUGGCUCGUCGUCGGGCAAGGAGCAAGUCGCGCCGCAAGCGCCGCCGCCGCAGAGUCGUCGCCGGCGCUGACCUCUCGGCUGGCGGCUCCGAGGCCUCGCUCCCAGCGACAUCGGCGUCGGGCGACGAGACCGGCGGCAGGGUCCGGCGCCGCACACGCUCGCGGUCCAAGGCCAAGACCAAGGCCAAGGACGACGCCGCCGGUGAUGACGCCGCCGCCACCAAGCCGCGCUCAAAGUCCAAGUCCCAGCUCAAGGUCAAGAGCAAGACUCGCUCCGACUCCAAGUCCAAGGCCAAGACGACCGCGGCCGAUGGAGGUGGCGACGACGACGACGACGGCGAGUCGGACUCGUUCUCGUUCUACUCGUCGUCGUUUGACUCGUAGUUGCUCGUAAAGAAAAACAGCAUG